AUGGCGUUCGCAGAUUUACAAGUUCUAGCAGAUUUGCAAGAGCUUGAAAGGGCAAUUGUCGAGGUACAAAAUAAUCCACUUUCGCAAACUUCAGAAAUCAACGAUUCACUUCAAUCUAGUUAUGAAAAAACGAACAUAAUAACAGCUUCGCACGAAAGCAUUGCCAAUAGUAAUAAUAACGAGAGCAUUAAUCACGGCAUUAAUAGCAGCACAAACCACCUCGACGAUAUCAAAAAGACCGGAUCAAGUAAUGCAGAAAUUAUUAAAAAACUUUCGCAUGACGAUAAUAAUGUUCUCUUAUCUCAAGAAAAUAAUCAUGUUCUCUUAUCUCAAGAAAAUAAUAAUAACAAAUUAACCAAAGAAAUGGAAAUAAACGUUCUUCACCAUCAGAUUACUACUAUUAGUAAUGGUAUUAGGACCGAUACUGCUAUUAGUAGUAGUAUUACGACCGAUACUAUUAUUAGUGGCAGUACUAUGACCGAUACUAAUACAAGUAGUGCCACGGCAACAUCUGUUAUUAUUGAACCGCCUACACCUAUAUCGGAUACUAUACCUUCUACAUCAUUCAUGACGAGAGUCUCGUCGCCACUAAAACAAAGUUAUAUUCCCGAAAUAAUUCUUGACGAUUCAGACGACGAAGAAUUACAAAAUUAUAAGGAUAAUAAUAAUAUUGAAAAGUAUUUUUCUGUCUCAGUUAUUUCUAACGGGGAACACGAAGAAGGAUUAUUGAAUGAUUCUAAUGGAGAACACGAAAGAUUACUGAAUGAUAAAAAGUCAACAAAAACACGAGAGCUGAAAAAUAAAGUUUCAUUUGACGAUGAUUAUAUAAAUCAACAAAUCGACAAACUACAAAAUCAGCUUAAAUUAUCAUCAUCGGUCCCUUCAAAUUCCAACCAAAUAGAAUCUAAUUCACUUGAAAUAUUAUCCAUAAAUGGUCAAUUACCAAAAGAAAAUUUUGUGGAAGUGCAUGAAGAUUUAUUACAAGUUGAUUUAAACGAAUCUUCUCCCGAACCUCCAAAUACAGCACCACGAAAAAGUUCCCCUGACCCCGUUGAUCGUCUAAAAGAAAUAUUGCUUUCCCAAGAUUCUACUCCCAAUAGCUUAGAUUUACCUAAUUUAAACUUACAACAAUCCACCACACAAUCAAUAGCACUUGAAGAAGAAUCGAAUUCGAGUAAAAGCCUUAACAAACUCGAACAAAUCAAUGAGAUUGAUGAGGAGCCUUCAUUGGAGCCAUCUACCACACGUUUAGAUGUAUCAUUCCCCACAGAUACUAACACGGAUAUUCCUUUUCCAAAAGUAAUAUUUGAAGAACCUGUUUCUCCUUCAAAUGCCGAAGAAAAUCAGGAUGAUGCUUUCGCAAUUCCAGAGCUUAUCAAUGAACUUUCUUCGAUUCAAAACUCGAUGGAUGGUCUUUCAAUAACAGAUAAAUCACCUGAUGAACUUCUUAGCGAAUCAAAGUCUAUUGAUCAAAAAUCUCUCGAUAAUACAUCUUUGACAGAUAGCGUUAACUCUUCAAAACAGAAUUUAGAUGAAUUAUCCUCUUUAAAUGUGAACUCGAAAUCAUCGUCUGUGGAUGCAGAAUCUAUAAAAAAUAGAAAAAUACCUGUGGCAUUUGAUAUGAGCGAUAUCAAAAAUAUGAAAAGUCGGAAGCAACGGAUAAAUUCAUAUGUUCAGAAAACUUUGUCGCUGAAUCAAGAAGAAACAGGACUGGCAGUAUGGCUAUGUCUAAAUAUCAAAAAGGAACCUUCAACAUUAUAUAACAGUUUGAAAUCCUGUCGGGAUAAAUCAUCAAAUUCACUUUCUCGGGCAUCAUCAAAAUCUACGGCAUCCACAACACCAUCUUCUACUAUUACCGCAAAAGUUUAUUCAAAUCCAAUGACUUCGUCAAAAUCUCUAAGUCAAAUCACCACAAAUUCUGUAUCUUUAGAUAACACAGUAUAUUCUCCAUCGAUUACACCCACAUCGUCAUUCACCGUAAGCUCUUCAAAGUCUUCUAAAUCAUCUAAAUCAUCUCGAACUUCACCCGACAUAUCAAUUCAAACAUCAUCGUUACGUCUUAAUUCUCCGCCUUCAUCACCAAGAGUAAAGACCUCUCCAUUCCUCUCGCUUUCCGGCAUAAAUCGUCGCGGAAGUUUCAGUAAAGUCACUCGACCUACAACAUUUAUGCCACCAAUUGCAAACGAACCAUUAUUCAACAGCUCGUCAACUUCUUUGCAUUCAAUCUCAAAAUCACCGCAAACUACUACAUCAUCAACGCCGCCGAAAAGACAACGAAGAUUUAGUUUCCAAUCCGUAUCUUCGUUCUCGUCGCGUUUUAAUUUCAGUGCGUUGAAUUCAACAACAUCCUCCUUUGUCACUACCAUUGAAGAAGCAAAUGACGCUAAGGCGGAUUUGGCGGUUGAAGUGGAUGAUAAUGCACUCGAUAAAUUAUGUGACGUUUUACCUGACGCGGAUCGAGAUGUCUUGCACAAGUAUUUGCAGAAAGCUGGUGGGAAGGAUGAUUUGAUGGCGGUCGGAUUAUACAUGAAAGAUUACAAAAACGGUGAAGUUGGCAAAAAUUAA